AUGGAUAACCUGAUCGGUAGCAUCAUCAGAAUUGAUAGGCGGAACUAUGUCAUCCACGAGAUAUUUUCCGAAAACCGGAAAGACGAACAUCACGAGGAAUGGGUGGUCUAUGAAGCCACAUGCCCUAAUGACAAUACGAUCCACAAGAGCACGCGCAGAUACGCCCUUAAGGUGCGUUACGGGAGAAGGGCGCGCGGAAUCAGCGAGACCGAACUGGAUGCCACCGAGGCUUUGGCCAAACGUUCUUACAACGGCGAGUGCCGGGCGCUCAGCAUAUUCUCGGAGUCCGGGUACACCCCGGUAUUCUACGGCAGCGAGGAACUGUCUUCCGAUCAGAAUCCGUUUUUCCGGCAUGGGCAUGUCUGGGCGAUGGCCAUGGGGCUGGCGGACGGCACAGGUCUUGUUGAUCUUUCCGAUUUGAGUUACUCCGACAAGGUGAUCAUUCAAGAGGAGAUAUGA